AAAGCAGGCCCGUUUUUAAUUUUUUUUUUCUUUUGGUCCUUCCCGCUAUUCCAAACCACCUGUACACCUUUUUCUUUCUUGGUUAACCGUCAUGUCUCUGGAUAAUGUCACUGUCAACAUGUCUCGGCUGGCACUUGCACGCGCUAUUAAAACUCCCGAUGGCGAUGACUCAGACGCUGAUCCCUGGGACAAAAGUGUGAUCUUUCACCAAUCUCACAUUCCCCAAGCAAUUGAGCAAUACAAAGGUCAAAAACGAGGUCAUACUUCACCUAACCACCGUCAGUCCCAUAAACCUCAUCAGACGAAGAUACCGCAACAAAGAACGCAGUCUGCUAAACAAAGGGUCGCUUCGCAAGCUUUACCAAAAGCUCCUACUCAAAUCCAGGUACAAUCCCAGGCACGGACUUCGAUUGUCAAACCAAGGAUUCGAAAAACUUAUAUACCAAGCGAUGAUGAGGACGAAGAAGAGGAGGGGGAGGAGGAGGAGGAUCAAGAAGAUGAUAGUGACUCUGAUGCACCUGACCAAGGAAAGCAAAAAGUAGUGUUGACACCACCAGAUCAAGAAGAACAAGAAAUAAUUUCGAAAAAUAAAGCCACACGCAAGCAACCAUUACCCAGCGAUGAUGAGAGCAGCGCCUCCGAUAGCGAAGAUGGUGAUGAAGACGAUGGCGAUGCUUCUUCCGUGGAGCUCACCCCUCAACGUCAUUCUGACCCGCAAGCUCACCCUAAAACAUCCAGAGCCAGUUCAGGCUCAUCAUCUGCAGGAAGUAGUAGCCUAGCCGCACACCAAAGGUCUAGGUCACUAGGCGAUAUGAUGGAUGACCGUUCUUCAGUGCCACGUCUGCAAGCUGAACGUACAUCGAAUCCUCCAAUGGAGCAGUGGCGAAGAAGUGCUGACCCUUACAGUAGACCUUCGGAUGCUUAUGAUUCACAUCAUUUGGCUGCUGCUCAUGUGCACAAUCGUAGCAGAUCGUCAGAACGACUGGAUAGGUUGCCUACAUCCAAGCCUUCUACACCUGUGCCAGGUAGAACGGCUCGAAGGAAAUCGACUAUUAUGGAAUAUGAAGGCUUGCUACAACAGCAGCAGAUGAUGCAAGCUCACCAUGCACAGCAGAUGAGUCAGAUCCAACAUUACCAAUCUGGGCAAAAUAAGUCUAGAAAAAGCCAUGCUAAGCGUGCCAGUAUGUCCGGUAUGGAUAUGCUUCUUCAGCACGAGCAAGAAAAACUGUCAUUGGCGAAGAACAAAACCAAAAAGCUCGAUUCCACAAACGCACCCAUCGAAGGUCUAUUGGCAAAGUUACCUGAAUCAGGGGCCUACAAUAUCAAUUUUCAACAGCUACAGGGAAGUCGAUCGCAUGGCACACGCAAUAGCAUGAGACCGGAUGGAAGUUUCGCUAGAGAUUCGCACAAACAAGCACCAAUGGGUCGGCCGAACAGCGCCAUGGGCUACUUUGAUACCCGACCGGCCACAUCCACUUCGCCCAGUCCAGACAAUCGUCGAUCUCGCCUUUCACCUUGGAUGGAGGCUCCAUACCCCACUUCAAGUAUAUCUACACCUGCAACACACUUGCAACGCCAAUACCAGCAACAAAUGAUGAUGUUGGAUCAGCAACAGCAAAUGAUGCAAAAUCAAUUUUUAAUCCCUGCCUCAAUGCUUCAGGUACCCAUGAAUUAUGGGCAAAUGAUGCCUCCCACUAGUCCCGACUUAGCUAUGCGUCAAGGAAUACCACGGCCGGUUAGCUCUAUGAGCAAGAGAUCCAGCUUUGCUUGGGGUACCUGAUAGACUUACAUAUACACAUACCUUUCCCUGUAGUUCAUCCAUACUCUUGUCCAUAUCUAUUUUUCCUUUUUACUUUAGUAACCGUUGAUUUUCCUUUAUACUAUCUCACAUACAACCUUUACAUACAACUGCGCUAUGAAGGAUUCUCAUGCCUUAUGAAGCCUACAAAAAAAAAGUAGGUUUAGCACCGUGAAGUCCUCCCAUUUGGCUUAAAAAUAUAAUUUUUUGCUUGCGAUCAAUUUUUUUUCUGAGAGUUUUAAUGAGAAACCCAUAUGCUUUUUUCCCAUUU